AUGUUGCCUCUAAACAGGGAAGGAGGAAGAAUGGCGGGAGGAUCUGAGAGAAAGACGAUACUCGUGGGUCUGAUUCUAGCUCUUGUUCUUGGAGUCGCUGUUUACUUAAGGCUAUGGACAAUCGAUUAUACUCUAUCUUCCGAUGAUACAGAACGCUUAAGGAGACAGUUUGAUUUGGCGAAUAGGGAGGCAAUGGAUGAAUCCGCAGAAUGGCGGAGAAUGUUUGACAAGGAAUCCGAGAAAGCUUCGAAAUGUAACACAGAACUGGCACUGAUCAAAGAAUCAUCUGGGAAUGGAAACCCUUCUACCUUCAAUCAAAAGCUAGAGUCAUUACAUAAGGAAAACGCGGCGUUGCUCAUUCAGAUAGAGACGUUAAAACAAGAGCUGGAAGCUUCACGGUUAAAGUGCCGUUCAAGAGAGGCACCCCGUUAG